GGGAAGACAACUGCAAUGUCCCAGCAGCCGAGGACACUGGUGUUAAAAUACUUCUCUGAAUGCCAGGCGGAGGUCCGGAUGACUUUGCCACCUGAGAUGGAGGUGGUUAUGGGCCAGCAGGUGACCAUUUUGUGCCCACACACAGUGACGGGAAAGAAGGAUUACCUCCUAGUGGAAUGGUUCAUUACGGACAAGAACGGGGAGCAGCGGCGUGUGGCCUACAGUGAUAAGGGUCAGGUGGGCGUGGACAGAGGAACUGAGUAUACAGACCGUGUCUUUAUGGAUGCCAACUAUAGCCUGGUCAUUACUGCCAUCGACGUGAAUGACGAAAAGCCCUUCUUUUGUCAAGUGACCAGCGCUUCUGGAAGUGGGAAUGGAGUGACCCAACUUAAGGUCUUUGACCCUCCUGAACCCCCUGAGCUUACGCAAAACUCAGGGACCCUCUCUGUGACCGCGGAUCUUGCUUUAGAGAUUGCAAUGUGUACAGGCAAAAAUGGCCACCCGGCGCCAACCAUCAGCUGGUACAAAGAUGGGCAGCUUCUGAAUAUUACUACUGGACACAGUAAAGAACUCUACGAGGUGGUGCGGACAGUGAGAGAAGCAUCAGGACUCUAUUCCAGAUCCAGCACGCUCUACAUGCGCCCAAAGAAGUCAGAUAAAAACUCCAUGUUCCAGUGCAGAGUCAGCUACAAGAUGCCUUAUGGGAAACUUGGCACUGCCGAAUCAGAACCUUUCAAUCUCACCUUGCACUAUUAUACGGAGAACGUGGAGUUUGUUUUGGAUUCUCCAAAGGUCAUCAAAGAAGGGGAUGAUGUGCAACUACGAUGCCAGGGCGAUGGGUCCCCCCAACCUGAAUAUUCAUUUUUCAAAGUGCAGAGUCCUAAUAACCUGUCCGACUUGCCCACCAACACUGAUGGUAUCCUGAUUCUUCCACGAGUGACCAAGGCUGAUAGUGGGACAUACCGCUGUCAGGUGCUGGACUUCUAUAGUCCCCCAGAGGUGGAACUGGAGAAGGAUGUGAGCAUCUUCAUCAACUAUCUGGACCCCCUGGUCCUAAAUCCAAGCAAGAUAGUGAAAGUAAACCGAAGCGAAAACCUUCAACUGACUUGUUCUGGCAGUGGCUCCAAGACACCCACAUUGUCAUGGAAGAAGGGAAAGGAGCAGAUGGGGAACGGCGCGACGCUGUCCCUGAAUGCGCUGACUUACCUCAUGGCUGGCACGUACAUAUGUGAAGCUGCCGUGCCCAGCAUCCCUGGACUGAAGCGGAACGAGUCAGUCCAAGUCAUUGUAGAAGGAAAGCCGGAGAUAGAGAUGCACCAAUCCAUGAUCCAUCAGGACCAGACCGUGAAGCUCACCUGCUCUGUCUUAGGCCAUCCUCAGCCGGAGAUUAGAUGGAGCAUACCUGGUGGGAAGGCUCCUGUGAAACAUUCAGCAAAUAAAUUUGUUUCUGAAUUGUUAGUGGAAAUCACCCCCAAGCUAGUCCAAAGCGGGGUUCAAUGCACAGCAGAGAACAAGUACGGCUCGACCAAACAGAACUUCCAGUUGAAAAUUGUUUCCCCAACAGCAUCUGCCUCUCCAAGGCCAGCUGCGGAUGAGGAAGAAAGUCAAGGAGGAAGUACGGUUGCAGUUAUUGCGGUGUGUGUGUGCGUCCUCAUCCUGCUCCUGAUCGUGGGCUUCUUCUACUUCAUGCAACGGCGAGGCCAGCUGCCCUGCAGCAGGGGAGAGAAAAGAUCCCUGACCCCCAAGGAAGGGACUCAAGAUGACACCGUGGUGGAGAUGAAGGCUGACAGGCGGAACGAACAGACGGGGCUGCUGAGCCCUGGAGGUGGUGGUGGUGGUGGUGGUGGGACGAAUGAGUGCUGAACAGAAGGAAGGCUGGACCUGUCUUCUUCCAGAGGGGCCCCUUCCCAUUCUGUACCGCCCACAAUGGAUGGAGAAGAUGCUCAGAAAGGACUCUGCCAGGGCAUGACAGCCCCACUUCCUCCCUCCCUCCCUCCCUCAGAGGGCAGGGAGCUUCCUUUGCACCUAGACUUUUGUGGCAGGAGAGGUUGAGAUGCCAUGGGGGGGUGGGGGUGUUAUUCUGCCACUACUUCUUCCUCCUUAAAACCACAUUUUUUGGUGAUUUUUGUUUUGCUUUGUUUUAAAAAAGGAACUGACAAUUAUCUGCACAGACGCUCCAUUUGCAGGCUGCGGCAUUUCUAUACCUGUUGCCCCCCAGUAGACAUAAAUAAAGUCACCCACAGAUGCACUUAUGUUAGUAACACAAACAAACAUUGCAGAAGUUGCUGACCAGUUGGUUUGGAUUUUCCUUCGUUUUUCCACCAACUUUCAGCAAGCCCCUGACUGCCAGUUACCUAUGAUCUAAAAUGAACCAUGUUUUGUUAACCUGCCGGUCACUCAAAGGUGAGUCACACUUGCCACAAGCUCCUCUGUUUUAAGCUGGUGUGUCCAUUUGCUCAUUUUCCUGUGAUCACGUACCCCUCUGCAUCCUCAGUGUGAAGCAUGCAUCAAAAGCGAACAUUUCCAGAGACGCUCUCGUUCCUGCAUGCACGAGCUCGCCCGUCACCCAGCCUUCUCCAUACCCCCGCCAUCCGAGGAUGGCCCGUCAUCCAUCUGUAUGUCUGUCUAGCAAGGACUUCUUCAACUCCUCCUGGUGCAUCUGUCACACUAGUGUGUCUGUCUGCAUUUGAGCAUGGCCAGCUUUGGAAUUUAGCCCGUGGCCAGUCCUUUAAUGGUAAUUUGAUCAGUUAAAUGAGCGAGUGAUAAUGUUCCUCCAAGCCACAAAAAUAUGCGACUGCUGGUUUGAUAGAUUGGUCCUCUGUUUAAAUGGAUAGAGGCCAGUCAGCUGGUUGUAAUGCGUGAGUUUUUUCUCCUCGGCCAGUUGCCGCCCUUCCUAACUCAUGUGCUUUUUUCUCUGGCCAUAAGGUGCUAUGAAUAUACAGUAUCCUAACGCUGACUCGCAGUCGUUGGAGCACGGGAUCCCAAUCUGCUAUGCCAAGAAAAGUUAUUUUGUCUGCGCACCUGAAUGGCAGUCUCGUGAAGAAUACUCCCUCUCUCUCCUGCUUCAUAUAGCUUUGGCUCCAGGGCUUUGGGGAAGGGGGCUUUUCAGCAGAAAGUGGGGUCUUCCAGCCACCGAUUUCUUUCUUUGUGAGGUGGCUGGGGACAUGACACGUGCUCCCAAGUUAGUUCUCUGUAUUUUUGUGUUCUGUUCUCUUGAUGUCUCGGCUCCCGAGGUGGGGCCCACCCUCGACCCCCAUCUUCAUUGGUGGCAGUGAAGCCUUCCCGGUCAGUGGAUCCCGUGUCGGUUUUUAUAGGGCACCGUUUUGUGUGUAUGGCAGAAUCUCUUGGGGAUCAGCCUCUUUAUUCAGGGUUGUGAUCUUCCUGUUGUCCCUAAUCCUCGUGACGUGUCACUUUCUUUCUCUCUUGCACUGUGUGGUCAAGACACUGGCUUUGGGGGAAAAACUUGGGCCUUUCUUUUUAUAAUUAGAGUACCUUUAAUGGUGUUGCAGCCUAGGGAACAGAACGGAGCUGGGAGCCGUGGCACCCCGUGGUGGAGACAGGCAGGUGGCCGUGAGGCUGGGAGAGGGGGCUAACCGAGUGGCCGUGAUCUUCCAAAGAAGCAUUUUUAGAGAGGGAAGGAAGCUGGAUAUGUUAAGAGUUUCUCCUCGAAUGGCAGCUGGAAUAUUCCUUUAUCUCUUCCGUUACCUCUUCUCCCCUCUUCCCACAUGGCCUUCCAGAUGUGGUUGAACUUCCACUCCCAGCAGCUGCUGGGCAUGCCGGCAGGGGCUGCUGGGAACGGUCGUGUAUCAAUAUCUGGAGGCGUGAAAUAAAGGAUGAGAGCUUCCUGUAAUGCCCACUGUUUAAAACUGCCUCUUAGAUCUCACUGCAUUUUUAGCCCCUUCUCUUCGUACCGACUGCAAACUGCAGAGUUGCUUCGUUUAAAGCAAAAAACAGCCACCUUCUCCCCCAUUGUUCCGAUGCCCCUUCCAGAAAUUCGAUCCAUUGGCUGCUGCUUUCUGGAUUUUUGCAUCGAUUGGGGGGAGAUGUGGAUUAAGUGGCCGUUCAGAGGUUUUUUUAGCUCUCCUUCUGGAUGGGGCUUCCUCUGCAGACCAAGGCAGAGGAACAAAUCAGUUGGCAACCUAGCCGCCUUGCAUCCUUUGCACGGCCUCUCCCCACCACCCCGUGCCGUCGCUCCCGUGUCUCUGUUCAGGUCUUUCUAUCCUCUACAGCCUGUGCCCAGGUUAUGCUGUACGUUAGCCAUUAAAAUAUUGUAACCUC